CUCCCGCACUCGGCCGUCUUGGAGUAGAUAUUGAUUUUCCCCCGUGACUGACACAAACAUGUCCGCCAAGGUAGUCGCGGUUCGCCCGUAUCGGAACUCGAACAUGGCGUAAUUUUUUGAAUAUUCGCAUGAUCGAUAUUUCAUUAAUUAAGUUAUCCAGCGAGGUGUCACGGAAUUGCGAGUCUGCAAGACGUCGAAUUAAAAUGUAGUUGUAUUAGUGGGGCGAUACCUCAAAAUAAUAUGGAAGAUAGUGGCAUCGAUAGCGGAGAUCUCAAUGGGGAUUCAAAUUCUAAGCCGACGGCUAGUGAUACGUCGAGUGCGGGAAGCAGUAGAUCGCCUUCCAGAUUAUCGGCAGCAACGUCCCGUCAUCUUCAGCGAAAGCUCGAGGCCAGAAUCGAGCACGUCAGAAGACUGCAUCAAGAUUAUAGCAACGCGCCCCCUCUAAUACCCAUUCAGAGGCUUCCAAUUCCCGGAGUUAAGGAUCAUCAACCUUUAGUACAAUGGGACACCGAUGACAGUGAGGAGGAUAUCGUCAACUUUUUUCCGAUGUCGCGUAAAGAAUCAAAGGGUCAUCAAGAGUUGACAGAUACCUUCAGCAUAGAAGAAAUGAGCAUUUCCGGCGAUGACGACGAAGAAGACUUACACCUAGUGCCACCGCAGACCAUCUACAAGAAAUUUGGAUGUUGUUCCUUCAACUUUUGCGUUAUCAUGUAAUUUAUAUAAUAUAUCGAACGUAUAUGCUAAAUAAAUUUUAUAUGGAAAGUUAUCUCAUGUAGCAACUUAUUAGGCGUAGUGACUAAGAAAUAUUGUGCCGAAGUAAAAUUAUAUUUAUUUAAAAAUUUG